UCGGGACCAUUUACGCUUGCGGUCCUUCUGUCCGUCGUCGGUUGUUUGCUCCGUGGAUUCAGAACGCAGACCCAUCGCGAAAAACUGGAGAUGGGGACUGUAGCUCUCAGUUCCGGAAACCUAACUGCUUCCGAUCGUCAAAUUCUGAGGACCGUCAAUGCAGGAGCAUCUUCUCUGUCAUUCCUAGGUUCCAGCUUCAUUGUCCUCUGCUACCUCCUUUUCAGAGACCUUCGAAAGUUCUCCUUCAAGCUCGUCUUCUACCUCGCAAUCUCGGACAUGCUGUGCAGCUUCUUCAGCAUAGUUGGAGAUCCCUCGACAGGAUUCUUCUGCUACGCUCAGGGCUAUAGCACCCAUUUCUUCUGCAUCGCAUCUUUCCUCUGGACUACCACCAUUGCUUUCACCCUGCAUCGCACUGUUGUCAGGCACAAAACUGAUGUUGAAGACAUGGAGGCCAUGUUUCAUUUGUACGUUUGGGGUACCUCGUUGGUUAUGACUGUCAUACGCUCCAUGGGUAAUGAUCAUAGACACUUAGGCGGCGCAUGGUGUUCAUCACAAACUGGAAGAACAAAAAAGGCGUAUCAUUUCAUAACAUUUUAUGUCCCCCUUUGGGGUGCCAUUCUUUACAACGGGUUUACAUAUUUCCAAGUCAUCCGGAUGCUGAACAAUGCAACUCGUAUGGCAGAGGGCAUGUCAGACCGUGCGUCUGAUGGAAGACCGGACAUGAAGGCUCUGAAUAGGUGGGGAUACUAUCCGCUUAUCCUAAUAGGCUCAUGGACGUUUGGCACGUUAAAUGUCAUCCACGAUCUUAUCGAACCAGGCCAUAAAAUCUUUUGGCUCUCGGUACUUCAUGUGGGUACAGCUGCCCUUAUGGGGCUCUUCAACUCGAUAGCAUAUGGCCUUAAUUCAUCGGUGCGGCGGGCAAUAUCUGAAAGAUUGGAUCUGUUCUGCCCUGAACGGCUACAAAGGUGGUUGCUUGCAAACAGUGCAAAAUCGAGGAGUACAGGGCAAGAAAGCGAGCUCGUGUCUUUGAAAGUACAAGAUGAGCAUUAACAAGAAGGGUAGCCAACAAGUUGUGUAUGCAAGUGAUCCUUCUAGGUUGAAGAGAACUUGGUGCAGUGCAGAACGGGAAACCAAAACUGAUGGCCACAUAUGCAUCACCGUCAUUAUUUGAUUCAUGUCAUUGUGUCUUCGAAAACCAAGGGGCUAGGUGUUUAUGUUUUGUUAGAUGAGGGUCGAGCGGAAACGGAGUUUCGAGCUGAUGAAGCAGUCCCUUGGAGCUGUAUGAAACUGAAAGGAGGUUGAUGUUAGGCUUUCAUAUUCUAACCUGAGCUGGAAUAUGGAGCUAGUUGGGGUUUGGAUGGGGGAUCAUAGUUUUUUCAUUUGUGUUGUACUUAAGGGCUCCUCUUCCUCUUUUAUUGUCUAACUUUGUUUCUGCAAUUAUUCUUGUGUAAUUAGGUUAAGAUGUAAUUAAUUAGCGAGGUUGAUGGGAGGGAUGGCUCUAUUUCAGAUUGCUUCUUGAGUGUUGAUUAGUUUUGGAUGAACUACACAAGACCUAUCCUAUGGCUUUUCGGUCUGCUCCAUACUUUUUCUUUGCUAUUGUAAUCACUCAAUCGAACACCUACAAUGCACGAGGCGAUAAAACACAGUAUGGCAUGGCCGCAUGGGUGCUUCAUCUAACAAGUUCCCGUGUAUGCUAUGUAGUAUGUACUAGUGAGAUUUGGAGCAUAUUGCUUGAGGUCAAUUGCCAGUGGAC